GAUUUUCUUUGACACAUGACAGAAUUAACCUCAGAAUUCUUGUAUGUUUACAAACUAACGUUAAACAUCGCAGUUUCUGAAUAUUCUACAGUUUAAAAUGCCGAAAGUUGUAUCAAAAAGCAUAGCCUGCACAGAUUCCAAAGAUCAGGAAGAAUACAGUGAAGAAAAACCACUUCACUGUUACUACUGUUUAUGUGGACAAAUGACAUUAAUUUUGGAUUGUACUUUAGAUAGACUACCCCUGAGAAAACGUGAUGGAGCGCGAGUCCUGGACGCAUUAAAACACACUCACAAAAUAAUGUCAAACCCAGAUGAAAUUACCUACAUCAAAAGGCCAGAAGGCAUUGAAAAACAACACAGACUAAAAUGUAAAAAGUGUAAUCUCUGGCUGUACUAUAAACAUGAACCACAAAGUCAUGUGAGUUUCAUAGUAAAAGGCGCAUUAAUUAAGUCUACCAAUGAAGGACCUAUUACUGACAUUUACAAUCAAGUAGCUGCUGUGAAACCCAAGAAAAUCAUGGUUACUAAACACACUAAAAAUAUGGGCAAGUUUAGUUCUGUUACUGUGUCCACCAUAGAUGAGGAAGAAGAUGAAAUUGAAGCUAGAGAAGUCGCGGAUUCCUACGCAAACAACGCAAGAAUAAUCGAAAAACAACUGGAAAGAAAAGGAAUGAACAAACGAAAACUCGAACAAGAAGCGCAAGAAAUGAAAAAAGUUCGCGGCACCCUCAUCGAUAAAUAAUAGCUUCCCCCACUUUGUAUAAUUUUAUAGUCAUAUAUAUUUAUAAGGAAAAUUUGUUGGUUUUUAAACUUAAAAUUACAUUCAUGUACACAAA